CAACUCGACCGACCCUGGCAGACAGCAGCUCACACACAAUAGCACUUGGCAAUGGCAGCGGCUGGAAGCGGGGUAGGAGAUGGCGAGCUGCGUCUGCUGGGCAAGUCGUCGAGCCCGUGGGUGUUCCGGGUGAGAGUGGCGCUGGGACUCAGGGGCCUGAGCUACGAGUACAUCGAGGAGGACCUCGGCAACAAGAGCGAUCUCCUGCUCCGGUCCAACCCGGUGCACAAGAAGGUGCCGGUCCUCAUCGACGGCGGCCGCCCGGUGUGCGAGUCUCUCGUGAUCCUGCAGUACAUCGACGAGAUCUGGCGGGGGACCGGUCCUCCGCUCCUCCCAGCCGACCCCUACGACCGCGCCACGGCACGGUUCUGGGCGGCCUUCGUCGACGACAAGUUUUUCCCGGCGUUUAGCGCGCUGUUCAGAUCGGUGACGGACGAGCAGAGAGCGGCGGCGCUCCAGAGCGCGCUCCUUGCGGUGGAGACGUUGGAGCGGGCGUUCAGGGAGUGCUCCAAGGGGAAGGCGUUCUUCGGCGGCGACGCCGUCGGGAUCGUGGACAUCACGCUCGGGAGCCACCCGAUCUGGAUGAGAGCGGUGGACGAGACGGCAGGCACCAACCUUCUGGACGGGGCCAAAUUCCCUUGCCUGGCGGCGUGGGCGGAGCGGUUCAUGGCCGUGGACGCCGUGAACAGGGUGGUGCCGGACGCCGGGAAGCUUUUGGAGCAGUACAGGGCGUCUCGGGCUAGAUGGACUGCAGCAGCUGAUUCUAGCUCAAACCUUGGUCAUCACCUCAUACACUCGUACAUAUACAACUCGAUCCCCACCACCACUCAGCGGCACACGAUACCACGAAGCAAACCUCUGCAAACUGCAAUGGCAGCGCCAGGAGCCGGCGGCGAGCUGCUCCUGCUGGGCACAUGGUCGAGCCCAUGGGUGAUCCGAGUGAGGGUGGCGCUGGGGCUCAAGGGCCUGAGCUACGACUACCUCGAGGAGGACCUCGCCAACAAGAGCGACCUCCUGCUCCGGUCCAACCCGGUGCACAAGAAGGUGCCGGUCCUCAUCCACGGCGGCCGCCCGGUGCGCGAGUCGCUCGUGAUCCUGCAGUACCUCGACGAGUCGUGGCCGACGACGACCGGUCCUCCUCCGCUCCUCCCAGCCGACCCCUACGACCGCGCCACGGCACGGUUCUGGGCGGCCUACGUCAACGACAAGUUUUUUCCGGCGUUUAGGGUGCUGUUCAGAUCGCUGACGGACGAGCAGAGAGCGGAGGCGCUCCAGAGCGCCGUCCCUGCGGUGGAGACGUUGGAACGGGCGUUCGCGGAGUGCUCCAGGGGGAAGGCGUUCUUCGGCGGCGACGCCGUCGGGAUCGUGGACAUCGCGCUCGGGAGCCACCUGAUUUGGAUCAGAGUGGUAGACGAGGUGGGAGGCACCGACCUUCUGGACGGGGCCAAGUUCCCGGGCUUGGCGGCGUGGGCGGAGCGGUUCGUGGCCGUGGACGCCGUGAAGAAGGUGACGCCGGACGCGGGGAAGGUCCUGGAGCAGUACAAGGGGUUUCGGGCUAAAUGGAUUGCGGCCGCUGGUUCUACCUGA